CACAGUGUUUUCUGUUUUCUGCACCGGUUCCAGAUCCUAGGGGAGGGGCCUUAGGACAAGAGAGAGGAAGAGGGGCUGAAAGCAAGGAUGGCUGCUGUAGGAAGCUGGGGCCAUGGAGGAAUGUGAUCAGGGGAAGGUUGCUGUACUGGGGGACAUCUGUGAACUCUGGUAGCUUGCAGCCACAUCCUGCCCACACACACAUUUGCUUGUUUUCCCACAAAUUUUAGGUAAAUGUCUGUUGCCAAGCAACUUACAUCAGUGGUUCUUGGGAAGAAAGUGCAGGAGAGCAGUGCCUCAGUGGCAGGUGACCAGCAAACAAUGUCCUGAGGCUGAUGAAGAGGCCAUGUAGACUGACCACCGGGCCUGAGCCCCAAAAGAGCCAUCUGCAGCAGGGACUGACCCACAAGCUGACAAGCCCUCUUCUCCUGAGACCACUGAAAGCCUUUCUACCCCCCCUCUCCAUCUGUCCUUUUAUGGGCCAGAACCCUCCGUCACUUCAGAACCUAGACAGCGAUGACGUUUGCCGAGGAAAAGACUUACGAGUAUAUCCGCCACCAUUACAGCAAUUUUGUUGACCGCAUUCAUGUUCUGGAGAUACUGCCUUACCUGUCCUGCCUCACCACAAGUGACCAGGACCGACUGCGGGCCUCUUGCCAGCUCUCUGGGAACCAGGGCACCCUCUGGGAGCUCUUCAACAGCCUUCGGCGGCGGAUCGGCUGGGUGGAGUCCCUCAUCAGUGCACUGAGGGCCUGUGAGCUGGUGGAUCUUGCUGACGAGGUGGCUCGCAUCUACCACAGCAACCUGCCCGGGGUCCGGAACCGGCCUCCAGCCCCAGUGGAGCCACAGUUAGUUCCUGCUGAGGUUCCACGGUCCUCUAGACCUGCUGUGGCCCCCAGUGCCCCCCACAAUGGCUACAGAGAGGAGGAGCCAAGUUUCCCCUUGUCAGUCCAGGACACCCAGCCACCAGAGUCCCCGGAAGAGAGUUCAAAGAAGGUCCCACAGAUGCCCCAUCCUGGGGCUGUCCUGAGGAGGCCAGCUGGCCCCCUGGAAUCGUCCUCUGACAUGGCGGCCUUCAGCCCUCUGACCUCCAGUGGACAUGAAGAGCAGGACACAGAACUAGGCGGUGCCCACACACCAGGCACGGCCUCCAGCCUCCCCUCAUCCCGUGGGCCUGUGUCUCCAUCUGUCUCCUUCCAGCCCCUGACCCGUUCCACCCACAGGGCGAGCCGUUUGCCUGCACCCUCUGUGUCAGUGCCAUCUGCUGGCACCUCCUCCUCGUCCACGGGCUUGGCCUGUGCCGGGGUUGCUGGUGACCACCGCAAGGCCGGCGUCUGCUCCGCGGGGGCUGGGGUGUCCACAAGCUCGCUGACCACCAGCACUGCGUCCUUCAGGGUUCCUGCCAGCUCAGCACUUGACAGAACAGUGCCUUCCAAGUUGCCUGCCAGCUCAAAACCCUCAGGGACAGUAGCCACUAAUGUGCUCACAAGUCUGCCACCGUCCAAACUACCCAUCAACUCAGUGCGUGCUGGCACAGCAGCACCCAGGGUGCCCACAGGCUUGGUGCCCGAGCCCAGGAUGUCCACGAGCAUGGUGCCCAGCAAGGUGCCCGCCAGCACUGUGCCCACCAUCAGGAGCCACACACCCUCAGGGGAGACUGCAGGAGCUCCAGGGAUCACCAUCUCCACCAGAGACAGCUUGCCUGAGCCAAACCCCAGCUCUUCUGGCUGGGAGUCUGAGUUGGAGCUGAGCAAGCCAGGCUGUCUGGCCUCCCGGGUGGACAGUGAGCCGUUCUCGGGCUGCUCUGCGGACCUGGCCCUCAGCUACAGCAAGUCCUUGGACGCGGGGCCUGACAAUGCCCCAGAGGAGAACGAGUACCAGUCGGUGGAUUCCAUUAGGAUCCAAGUGACCCAGGACCCCAGCGUCGACCUGCUGGAGGGUAAUCCUGGGCCGCGUGCCACCCCGGAGCCCCUGGGGGAGGAGGAUUACAUCCAGGUCAGCGCCUGGGCUCCAUGGCUCAGGGUAGCUGCUACUGGGGUAUUCCUGGCCUUGUUCCUGACAGUGGUCUACAGGCGGCGCCUGCUCCAGUGAAGCCCCUGGGCCCUCUGUGCUAGGAAUCUGCUCCCUUUCCCAGAGGACAUCCAGCCCAAGCACGGACUGUGCUGUCUUCCUGCCUUGUCCCUUUUGUGGGGCUGGUGGAGCCUGGGUCAGAGGGGAGCCAGGGGGCCUCAGGCCACAUUUCUGUCCCAGCUCAUGCCCUCUCCAUGUGCUACAGACCUUGCCUACCCUGCAAUCUGGAUUAUUACCUUCAUUCUCUGGAGGAGGUGAGGUACGCCCAUCUAGGCUGUAUACCCAUUUGUCUGAGUCCACAGAUCAGGAGGUACCACUGGUUGGCAAUGCCCCCCAUCCUGCCCCUGUGCUGGGUGGCUAGCAGAUGUGCAGCAGCAGCAGUGGGGCGGGGCAGACCUCCACAGGACCUUGCUCCAGACCCCAAAAGCCCAGCCAUUGCUCCAGGAGCAUCAGGGUGGUCCAUCUCCAGGGACAUGGCUGCUUGUGGUCCCUCAAGAGGUGGAGGAGGUCCAGACAUUCUCCUGGACCCUGGGGAAUGUAAGCUGCUCGGGUAAGAACUGCCUCUGAAGCCUCUCUCCAGCCUCCUCACCCCCCUCUUCCUUUCCUUCCCUUCUGGUCUCCAUGCUCUUUAGCUGGGAGGGGGGCGAAUUUGGGGAGGAGAGGCCUGCCAGGCAGAGCUCAGACCAAGGUUUGGAUUUCAGCUCCACCCCUUCCUGGGCUGUGUGGCCUUGGCAGAUGGUCACACUUCUCUGGUCUUGCUUCCCCACAUGGACAGUGAGUAUCAUGGUGCAUCUCCACUGGGUUCUUCUGAGAUUGAAGCACACAGGUGUUUGUCAAGUGCCUGACCCAGAGUCAGUAAACACUGACAGCUUCCCCUACCUCUCCCCUGUGCCGCCUGGUAGACAUGAGGGUAGCAGAGGCAGAGUGCCCAGUGAGUACGGGUGCUGCUCUGUAGUGUAGGGUGGGCCUGUACCCCACUCUUAACUUUCACUCACUCUGUGCUCUGUCCCUCUGCGCUCUUGAUUAACCUCUCUGUGCCUCUGUUUCCUCAGCUGUAAAAUGGGGAUGAA